UGCGAGAAAAAUACGGAAACAAGCGAACACCUAUCCAGCGGCAACGAUGGCACAGUUCGGUUACAUGCACGAUGUGAACAAUAUAUUCGUUCUGGACGGUGAAAUUACGAAAGGGCCCGCACCGCGAUGGCAGAAAAAGUUGGACAUUUCGGCCGCCUCCACAAGCUUCAACAGUAGCGCUCUGGCGAAUACCUCUACUCGGCAGAAGCUUUCGAUAUCUUUCGGCGGAAAUGGCAAUGGGCUUAAUCUGAACAAUACUCUGCAGCAGCAGCAGCAACAACAGCAAGCGCCAUCGAGCUCCGGCUUGUCGUUGCGAACUCCCCGCAAGAAAGACGCCAAGAGCGGCGGGGCAUCGCAUAAGCAAACGGACCAGACACCCAGCAAACAUGGACUACCGAUGGGAGGCGAUCGGUUUAUACCGAACCGUGCAACGACCGAUUUCGAUCUCGGAAACUACAUGAUACACCAGGCGGUGUCGGAAAAGAAGGAACGAGAGAAUACCGACCAGGAAGACGGAACGACAACAGCGGGGAAACCAGCAAAGGAUGAUGUGAUGAUGCGCAAACUGUCCGAGGCGCUUCUGGACUGUGAUAUCAACAACCAUCGGGUGCUUUCGUAUCAGACGAAGGCUCCUGGACCUCCGGAGGGCUUCGACAACCAGAUGAAGGUAAUCUAUUCGGUCAAGACCCCGAUGUCGGUAAAAAGUGGAGGUCGUUACAUUCCGAAUGCGCCGGAGCGCAUCCUCGAUGCACCGGAAAUACUGAACGAUUACUACCUGAACCUGAUGGACUGGAGUGGGGACAAUGUGGUAGCGGUAGCCCUCGGUACCUCGGUGUACCUGUGGAAUGCGGCAACCGGCACGAUCGAGAUGCUGUUUCAGAACGAGGGGAACGAUCACACCUGCUCGCUGAGCUGGAUCCACGAGGGUCACAUAUUGGCCGUGGGUACCAAUACGGGCACGGUUGAACUGUGGGAUUGUGAGGCCAUCAAGCGGUUGCGCGUUAUGAAUGGCCACUCGGCCCGUGUCGGUGUACUAGCCUGGAACUCGUUCGUUGUAUGCUCGGGUAGCCGCGAUGGCACGAUCAUUAACCAUGAUGUGCGCACGCGGCAGCACAACAUCGGAGUUCUGCAGCGCCACACACAGGAAGUGUGCGGACUGAAGUGGUCUCCCGAUGGCAAGUAUCUGGCCAGCGGUGGCAACGACAACCUGGUGCAUGUUUGGUCAGCGGCCAACGGUGCACCGCAUGCUACGAGUGAACCGCUGCACGUGUUCAACCAACAUCAAGCAGCCAUCCGCGCGCUCGCCUGGUGUCCAUGGCAAUCGAACGUGCUGGCGAGCGGCGGUGGAACGGCCGAUCGUUGCAUCAAGUUCUGGAACGUUGCUAGUGGCCAACUGCUGAACUCGGUUGACACGAAGUCGCAAGUUUGCGGGUUGCUGUUCUCGAAAACGUACAAGGAGCUCAUCUCGGCCCACGGGUACGUGAAUAAUCAGCUGACGAUCUGGAAAUAUCCCUCGAUGACGAAACAGAUCGAUCUGAUGGGACACACCGGGCGGGUGCUGCAGGUUGCCAUGUCACCCGACGGCAGCACGGUGAUGAGUGCGGGAGCGGAUGAAACGCUGCGUCUGUGGAACUGCUUUACACCUGAUCCGCUGCAGGCAAAGAAGGAAAAACUAAGCGUACGCGAAAAGCCAAGUUUGCUGAAGCAAAGCAUACGAUAACAAAGAGAAGAGAACUAUAGGACUAACAUUCGAGGUUUACCGUCUCUUCCUCGUCAUCGCCAUCAUUGGGUGUUGUACCGAACAACACACAGACUGAACUCUAAA